AUGAGUGCGAGGGCGGCAUCAAUUCUGAGCAGCAAACGAUUUACGAUUGAAAGAAUACUCCCAGAUCGUAUUGACUACAACAUCCUUAAUAAUUGGAUUGAGUACUGCGAGGACAACCAUACCGGCUGUCAGAGCAUGGUUGGAAAUGCAGUAAUACCCAACCUUAAGCUUAUAGAUUGUACGUCUAUGCAGAUCAUCGGCGCAGAACCACACCACAAAUACGCAACGCUGAGCUAUGUCUGGGGAUCAUCGGUACAGGAUGAUAGUAAAGCCACACUCUUUAGUGGACUGUCACAGCUCCCCCAAGUGAUCCAAGAUUCCAUUAACAUAGCCAAAAGGCUCAAUAUUCAAUAUCUCUGGGUGGAUCGAUACUGUAUUCCCCAAGACGACAGAGCCGAGAAGCACAAACAAAUUAUCAACAUGCAUUUGAUAUACGCAAAUGCAGUGGUUACAUUCAUCGCCAGCGCCGGUGAAAACCCAUCAUACGGCCUCCCAGGGGCUCCUGGUUCGAGGAAAAGACGAGCUCAAUCGGCGGUCCGCGUAGGAAACCAACAAUUCACUUCAACUGGGGGUGCCCCCACUUUCCUCCUACGCCGUUCCAAAUGGUGGAAGCGGGCUUGGACAUACCAGGAAGCUUUGCUCUCUCGGCGAUGCCUUGUGUUUACGGAUGAUAAAGUUCUGUUCCAAUGC